CUACGUGUAAUUAUCGGUAGUUAAAAAUAAAAAUAUAAAUACGCUACUAAGGCACAACCACUCACAAUUCCAGGAUAGAAAAAUUAGAUGGCAAAGCAACCCAGUUCGUUCGGCUAACAAACCCAACUAAAUUCCAGCUUCAAAUAGAGAGACGGCGACCUUUUCAAUUGUGUCGUGCCUGUGACCGAGUCGGGUCUCUGUGACCAGCCUGAACACAGUCAGCCCCUCGCAAGACACUGCUGGGGGGAAGAGCGGAGCUGCUCCACAUAUAUUUAUAAUAGGAAAUAAAACAAAAACAACACCGAACAGCAAUAACCAACGGCAGCCAAAAUUAAUAUCUUCCUCGAAACAAUCAGCCAGCUGGCUGCCUUUGCGACCAACAGCGAGAACAUGCAGCUGCUAAUAUCAUCGGUCUGCAUGGCGCUGACCAGCGCCGUAAUUGGCAAUGCAUAUUUCCAGAAGCAGCAGUUCUAUCCCGCUGUCGUCUACAUCACCAAAUCCAAUGCAUCAAUGGCAGUGAUUUACAUUCAGUUCUUUGUGAUUGUUUUCAUGUUCGGUAAACUGCUGCGCAAGAUAUUUCUGGGAACGCUGCGUGCGGCUGAGUUUGAGCAUUUGCUAGAACGCUUCUGGUAUGCACUCACCGAGACCUGUUUGGCCUUCACCGUGUUCCGAGAUGACUUCAAUCCACGCUUUGUGGCCCUGUUUACGGUGCUGCUGUUUCUCAAAUCAUUCCAUUGGCUGGCCGAAGAGCGCGUGGACUAUAUGGAGCGCUCGCCAGUACUCGGCUGGCUGUUUCACAUACGCGUCGGCAGCCUGUUGACCAUGCUGGGUAUUUUAGACUAUCUGCUGCUCAUACACGCCUACAAUUCGACAUUGGUGCGCGGACCUACAGUGCAGCUGGUCUUUGGCUUUGAGUAUGCGAUCCUGCUGACGGUCAUUGCCAGCACGACCAUUAAAUAUGUGCUGCACGCCGCGGAGAUGCGCACGGACACGCCCUGGGAGAACAAGGCAGUGUUUCUGCUGUACACCGAACUGGUGAUUGGCCUGAUCAAAGUGGUGCUCUAUCUGCUGUUCGUGGUUAUUAUGGCCAAGAUCUAUGCCCUGCCGAUGUUCGUGUUCCGGCCCAUGUUCUUUACCAUACGCAAUUUCCGGAAGGCUCUCAACGACGUGAUAAUGUCCCGACGGGCCAUACGCAACAUGAACACACUGUAUCCGGAUGCCACGCCCGAGGAGCUGCGACUGUCCGACAACAUUUGCAUCAUCUGUCGCGAGGAUAUGGUCAAUCACUCCAAGAAGCUGCCCUGUGGCCACAUUUUCCACACCACCUGCCUGCGCUCGUGGUUCCAGCGCCAGCAGACCUGUCCCACAUGUCGCCUCAACAUUUUACGCACUCCGGCAAUCAACUCUGUGGCCAUGCCCCGAGCAGCCGACGAUGCUGCAGCAGCUGCUGCUGCGGCUGCUAAUGGUGGUGGUGGUGCAGCUGGGGCUAAUGCUGCCGCAGGCGCAGGCGGCCCACAGCAGCCAGGAACAGAGGAUCCCAAUGCUGUGGCGGCUGCUGUGGCUGCAGCUGCAGCUGGACUGGACCUCGAUGGGAAUCUGGGAAGAGCCAGGCGGCCAGGUGGAGUCAACGUGCCAGCUAGUUUCACGGAACUCUUCGCCGAAGCCAAUCGCUUGCCGAAUGGAUUGCCCAACCUUGGCAUACCUCGACCGCCGAUUCCACCCAUGCCCAUGCUAUUCAUGAUGCCGCCGCAAUUUGCCUACUUCACCCCACCUCCCCUACCGCCGCCGCCCAUGCCCCAGGAUCUAUCCACACUCAGCGAUGAUGAGCUGCGCGCCAUGGAGGGAGACCAGCGCAAGCAUAUAGAGCAGCGCCUCAAGUUGCUGGGAAACAUUCAUCUAAUGCUGGACUCGGUGGGGAUCAUGAUGAACCAGUACCAGACACUGACGGCACGCUUGCAGCUAGCUGCAGGGCCCUCAACAUCCACACCAACUGCUCCUCCAGCGACAGGUGAUGCAACAGAAAGUCCUGCUGGUGUUGCUGCAACUGCAGCUGAGUCUUCAUCGUCAUCGGUGUAUGACAUGCCCAGUACCUCGGCGGCAGCUAGAAACCAGCAGGAAGAGACUCGCCAGCUUAAUACUACUGUUGGAGUGGCCGUGGUCGCAGCUGGCAAUGGUGUAGAGAAAGUGACUAUUGAGGAUCUGGGCGCUGACGAGGAUGAUGUACCCAGCACGGCCACAAAAACUGUGAGCCUAGGCAAUGCCGAGGCGGAGGUCGAUGAGAACUCCUCCAAAUUGAAUGAGCUGCGAGAGCGGCGCUUGAAGUUCUUGCAGGAUAACAACAAAGCGGCAAAUGGCAGCGAAAAGGCGACAACUGAUUAGAGCGAUUCCCAGAGGAACUGAACUCAAAGCGAACAGCAGUAGCAGCAGCAGCAGCAACGGCAGCGACAGAAGCCACAGCGACAACAUGCAGAUCUGAUGAACACAGCACCUCCAGUCUGCCUCCAAUGCCAUCCACCAAAAACAAAACAAAUUUUAUAUUCAAACGGAUGGGAUAUAUGUAUAUUGAUUUUGUUCUUUUCAUAUGCUCUGCCCAUUUCUGUGUGCUCUUCUUCCUUGGAACCUCCUGUUCCUUGACUCUGUUACUUUUGUAUGGCUUGCGAUUUGGAAAUUUAAAUAUAAUGACUAAGACGACUA